UCCUCAUACCACACUACUAUCACAUCCCUGUAGCUUUAUCGGUAUUACCUCGACCCGACAUCUGGUGUCGCAGAUUACAUCCGCGAUUCUUCCGUACCACUGUCACGCAUCAUGAAGUUCUCACAGAUCCUCACCGGCCUCGUUGCCGCACAAGUAAUCAGCGCCGCUUCAAUACCCGAAUCCAACGCCCUCAACGUCCUCGAAGAGCGACGAGUUGUUCCUGCCUCCGAAAUUGUCUCACCAGACCACACACUAGAGCGUCGCAAGGGAGGCGGUGGCCGUGGAGGUGGCGGCGGAGGCGGUGGCAGUCGCUCAGGUGGAGGAAGCAGUGGCGGCGGAUCUUCUGGGCGUACAUCAACCUCCUCCAACGCCGGUGGCGCAACGUCCGCUGGAUCAGGUCGACCGCGCACUUUCGGCGGUGGGCAAUACUAUGGCGGUGGUGCCCGAACACCCUACACUGCCGGUUCGAAAACACCAAAGGGACUCAUCGCUGGUCUUUUGAUCUUACCGGCAGCCAUGCUACUUAUCAUGCCCGGCCUGUGGCUCCACAGUACUUACCCUUACUAUUACAACAACCCCUACCGCUUCUACAACCAGUCCGCAACCAACGACGAUGACGACAACGACAACGACCGACGCGCACUGUGGACGCGCCAAACCCAGGGCCGCAACGAGUCUCUUCCCGUCAUGUGCGUGUGCGAAGAGGACUUCGUCUGUGGAUGCGACGAGAACGACGACCAGCAAUACCUCAACGAUCUUAUUGGUAACGGCAGCUAUGCUGCGCUCAACAAGACUCUCGUCACUGUUUCUGACGUCAACGGCACCAGGACUCUUGUUCUCAACGGUACCCUCGAGAAAGGCACUACUGCGCCUGGCGGCACCGAUGACAGCGGAGCUAUGAGCUUGAGUGCCGGAAAGUAUGUCGGAUACUACGCCGUAGGCAUGAUGGUGUUGGCUGGUGUCUUCAUGUAGAGACCAAGCAACGCUUGAUUUCGUGGUUGGGAGAUGUAUAAUUUGACGACGUUACGAUUACUCUAGAAGAAUACCGGAGGCGUUUGGAGGAAUUUUUCUUUGUUCAGCGGGAAUUUUGUCCGGAUAGAAUCCUGCCAGGCUUGGUGAAAGAUAUGGAUAUACCCCCAAGUCGGUUGUUCUGACUUUUAUCAGCUUUGAGGACGUU